AGUGCCAGCAGGGUGGCCAUGUGCGUGGGGAAGUGCAGCCGGAUCGUGGGGCCGUGCCUGUUGGCGCUGGGCACGCUGUCCGUGCUGGCCAGCAUCCUGCUGCUGUUCCCGGGCGGAGCAUCCCGGUACCUGCUGCAGGGACACCUGGGCCGCCACGCCCGCGCUCUGCCGGGGCUCUGGGGCGGCGGCAUCGCCGUGCUGCUGGCAGCGAUCCAGGUCACGGCGCUGGGCUGGCAGUGCCCCGGCUGCUCCGGCCGCCACAGCGCUCUGCUGUCCGUGCUGCUCUCCAAGCUGGCGCUGCUGGGCUCCGCCGCCUGCUUCGUGCUCUGCGGGGUGGGGCUGAGCACGGGCCCGCUCUGCCUGCACAACAGCACCGCGCUGGGGCCCGGGCACGCCGCCCUCUGGGGAUACCCAUUCCUGGACCCCAUCGACCUGGGGGCUGGCGCCAGGGCUGAGAAUUACCUGUACAACCGGAGCGCCUGGAGCACCUGCCUGGAGCCCGAGGGCAUCGUGGCCUGGCACGUGGCGCUGUUCUCGCUCCUGCUGCUCGUCAGCGCCGCCGAGAUGCUGCUGGCGCUGCUCCAGAUCCUCAACGGGCUCCUGGGCUGCCUCUGCGGCUCCUGUGAGGGCAAGUAGGGCCCGGUGGCACUGCCAGGAGGAGGUGCCACCCCGGGUGUCCCUGGCUGCUGGCACUGAGGGCGCAGCAGGAGCUGUGACACCAGCCUGGUGUGAGACGGACAGAGCCCCAGGGGAUGGAUGGAUGGAUGGAUGGAUGGAUGGAUGGACACCCCGGGGCUGGAGCAGCUCGUGGGGAUGAGGAGCCAAGGGCUGCUCCUGUGCACAUCCCUGGCCUGGGCUGUGUCCCCUCCCUUGGGGCUGGUGGCCUUUGGGGU